UUAGACAUAUGGUUGAAGUCAUGGUUGAAGGGAUUGAAAAAAUUUUGGGUAAAAGUUUCGCACCUCCUCGGGUAAGAUGAACGCGUGAUUAUCGAAGCGACUCCAAACUUUCGGUUAUUAACAGUAGACCCUUGCCUCCAAAAUGGAAUAAAAAAUGGUAACCCAAUGAUAUAAAUCCGGUGAAGUCUCUCCUAAAGAAUAUGUACCUCUUGAAAUACCUAAAGAAUGCCUCACUGCCUUUUUUAAGGGAUUUAUCUACUCUAUUUAAAUAAAUUUAAGGCUGUAUUCUUUGGCAACGAAAGCAUUCACUAAACCGAUUGAACCUUUUUUUCGUAUUGGAAUUUGUAAAGAAGAAUUUAGUUUAAUUUUGGCAAUUAUGUAUUUAAAUUCAGAUAUCCCAGGUUUAUCAGAAUCAGCAAGGGAUAUUCUUUCAAUUGAGUUAUCCAAAUAUACAAGAAUGUUACAUAAUUAUUUACUAAAUAAAUUAGGUCAAGAUGCUGGAAUUAAAAAAUAUGCUGAAUGUCUUCAUUUAAUUGCAAAUUCUUAUUUUGGGGCUAAGAACGUUGAUUUAUUAAUAACUUACCAAGAAACAUUCUAUUUAUAUGGAGAGGUUCGAGAUAUGAUGCCAGAUUGCCCUAAUGAUAUUGUCUAA